AUGAAAUAUAUCUCUUCCGUGCUUGCUUUUGCCGCCGCCCUGGCAGCCGCGGAGCCAGAUACCUUUAAGUUUGCCAAUUUGUUCAUGAACGGCCCUGGAAACUUCACCAAUCCUGCUGGGGAUCGCGAAGGUGCUUACUUCACUCUGGAUGAAUGGACAUCUCGAGACAUAGCCUGCAAUCCUGCAUUUAAGACGAUCCCAACUCAUCGAGUUUGGGGCGACUGCCUGCUGUUCACCAGAGAACCAGGCGAGGGAACCGUCGGAACGCCUUAUCCUUUGGACUUUUCGAUUGAUGAAAUCAUCGAUGAGGCCAACAUUCGCGUAACCCUAUAUCACCAAGAAGAUGGCCGGAAGGGGAGCGCAAUCGUACCCCUGAUCUGUAAAAGUUCAUCAGGCACUUACCAUUGUGACCAAGACUGGACCAACGAGCUCCUUAUUACGAUAAGCUAG